UUUAAAUUCAAACUUACACAUAUGCCCAUUAAGAAAUUAGCCAAGGCCUCCUUCCAUGUUCUCUUGUUAAUGGUGGGCGGCCGCUGAGUGCCGCCAGUGCCCAAGCUCGCCAGCAUGGCCGUGGUGCCUCCCAAUCGCUCACAGAACGGCUGGCCCCGGGGAGUCACCCAGUUCAGCAACAAGUACAUCCAGCAGGCCAAGCCCCUCACCCUGGAGCGCACCAUCAACCUGUACCCUCUUAUCCAUUCCCUUUUUGGUACAAAAGAGCCCCUCUAUGAGAAGGCCAGCUCUGUUGCAGCCAGAUUUCAGCACAUGAGGAAGGAAUUUGAUAAAAUUGGCAUGAGGAGGGCUGUAGAACCGGUUUUGAUUAUCCAUGAGCACGGGUUACCCCAUGUGUUACUACUACAACUGGGAACAACUUUCUUCAAAUUACCUGGUGGUGGGCUUAACCCAGGAGAAGAUGAAGUUGAAGGACUACAACGCCUAAUGACAGAGAUAUCGGGUCAUCAAGGUGGAGUCCUGCAAGACUGGGUCUUUGAUAACUGCAUUGGCAACUGGUGGAGACCAAAUUUUGAACCUCCUCAGUAUCCAUAUACUCCUGUACAUAUUACAAAACCUAAGGAACAUAAGAAGUUGUUUUUGGUUCAGCUUCAAGAGAAAGCCUUGCUUGCAGUCCCUAAAAAUUACAUGCUGGUAGCUGCACCACUGUUUGAACUGUGUAACAAUGCACCUGGAUGUGGACCCAUCAUUUCUAGUCUCCCCCAGCUUUUGAGCAGGGUCAGUUUUAUAUACAACUGAAUGGUUGCACAGCAGAGAAGUAAGAGAAGCUGUCUCUGUGAGCACAGCUAUACACAGCAUAGAAUAAACGUCCAGGAAGAGCUUUUUUGGUGUUCUCUCUUUCCCAGUCCUGAAAUUACCACCUACUUUCUACUGUCUGAACAGUAAAGUUAAUAUGAAAAGCUAGAUUGUGCUGUA